AGCGAGGCCGGCGACGGCGUGACGAAGCGCAGGGACGCUGGCGCGCGGGGUUUAAACUGCGGCGGUUUACGGGCGUUAGGACUUCGUCGAGUUAGGGGAGUUGGAGGUUCUCGGUGCUUUUUUCCCCCGGCGCAUCUGCCGACUGACUGCCCAAUGGACUCGACGCUUCAGGCCCGCUUGUUUCCCGGUCUCGACAUCAAGAUCCAGCGCAGUAAUGGCCUAAUUCACAGUGCCAAUGUAAGGACUGUGGACUUGGAGAAAGCCUGUGUUUCAGUGGAAUGGAUAGAAGGAGGUGCCACAAAGGGCAAAGAGAUUGAUUUUGAUGAUGUGGCUGCAAUAAACCCAGAACUCUUACAGCCUCUUCCCUUACACCCGAAGGAUAAUCUGCCGCUGCAGGUGAAUGUCAUGAAACAAAAGCGCAGAUCAGUCAACUCCAAAAUUCCCGCGCCAAAGGAAGGUCUCCGAAGCCGCUCCACUCGCAUGUCCACCCUCUCAGAGGUUCACAUCACCCCUAAGGAGGAUGGUAUGGAGGUAGACCUGCCCGUGCGUGCCAAUUCCCGCAAGCAGUUCUUAGUUCCCACUGGCCCCCCUAGGAACUCCUGCCCUGCAGUGGCUGAAAUACCAUUUACGAUGGUCAGCGAGGAGGUAGAAGAGCAAGUCCAUUCCAUGCGAGGCAGCUCUUCUGCAAACCCGGUGAACUCAGUUCGGAGAAAAUCAUGUAUUGUGAAGGAAAUGGAAAAAAUGAAGAACAAACGAGAAGAGAAAAGGGCCCAGAUCUCUGAAAUGAGAACAAAGCGAGCUCAGGAGUAUGACAACAGCUUUCCAAACUGGGAAUUUUCCCGGAUGAUUAAGGAAUUUCGGGCUACGUUGGAUUGUCAUCCCCUUACUAUGACUGAUCCUAUAGAAGAGCACAGGAUAUGCGUUUGUGUUAGGAAGCGCCCACUGAAUAAACAAGAACUGGCCAAGAAAGAAAUUGAUGUGAUUUCUGUUCCUAGCAAGUGUCUCCUCUUCGUACACGAGCCCAAGUUAAAAGUGGACUUAACAAAGUAUCUGGAGAACCAGGCGUUCUGCUUUGACUUUGCAUUUGAUGAAACAGCUUCAAAUGAAGUCAUCUAUAGGUUCACAGCAAGGCCACUGGUACACACAAUUUUCCAAGGCGGAAAAGCGACCUGUUUUGCAUAUGGCCAGACGGGAAGUGGCAAGACACAUACUAUGGGCGGAGGCCUCUCUGGGAAAGCCCAGAAUGCAUCCAAAGGAAUCUAUGCAAUGGCCUCCCAGGAUGUCUUCCUCAUGAAGAAUCAGCCCCGCUACCGGAAUCUGGGCCUGGAAGUCUAUGUGACGUUCUUUGAGAUCUAUAAUGGGAAGCUGUUCGAUUUGCUGAACAAGAAGGCCAAGCUGCGCGUGCUGGAGGAUGGAAAGCAGCAGGUGCAGGUGGUGGGGCUGCAGGAGCACCUGGUUAGCUGUGCUGACGAUGUCAUCAAGAUGAUCGACAUAGGCAGUGCCUGCAGGACCUCUGGGCAGACAUUUGCCAACUCCAACUCUUCCCGCUCUCAUGCCUGCUUCCAGAUUCUCCUUAAAGCCAAAGGGAGAGUGCAUGGCAAGUUCUCUUUGGUGGAUCUGGCAGGGAACGAACGAGGUGCAGACACUUCCAGUGCUGACCGGCAGACCCGCAUGGAAGGCGCAGAAAUCAACAAAAGUCUCCUGGCUCUGAAGGAGUGCAUCAGGGCCCUGGGACAGAACAAGGCUCACACCCCUUUCCGCGAGAGCAAGCUGACACAGGUGCUACGGGACUCCUUCAUCGGGGAGAACUCAAGGACCUGUAUGAUUGCCAUGAUCUCACCAGGCAUAAGCUCCUGUGAAUAUACUUUAAAUACACUAAGAUACGCAGACAGGGUCAAGGAGCUGAGCCCCCACAGCGGGCCCAGUGGGGAGCAGCCAAUUCAAAUGGAAACAGAAGAGACAGAAGCCAACUCUCAGGAGUCUCUGAUCACAAGCAACUUUUCCAAGGAAGAAGAGGAACUGUCUUCCCAGAUGUCCAGCUUUAAUGAAGCCAUGACUCAGAUCAGGGAGCUGGAGGAGAGGGCCAUUGAAGAGCUCAAGGAGAUUGUCCAGCAAGUGCCAAGCUGGCUUGACCUCUCCGAGAUGACCGAGCAGCCCGACUACGACCUGGAGACUUUUGUGAACAAGACAGAGUCUGCCCUGGCCCAGCAAGCCAAGCACUUCUCAGCCCUGCAAGAUAACAUCAAGGCCUUACGCUUGGCCAUGCAGAUGGAAGAACAGGCCAGCAAGCAAAUAAGCAGCAAGAAACGGCCCCACUGACGACUGCAAAUAAAGAUAUUUGGUGUCACACCCAGCCUUUUCACCACCCCACUUCUCCCCAGUGAACUGUGUGCACCUGGUUCUGAGCUCAGACAGGCUUUGGUAAAUGCCAAGUAUUGGGGCAUCAGAGCCAGGGCAGCUGGGGAGAUCAGAGUGACAUGGGACGCUACUUUCCUUCCUCCAUUGUAGUCCUGAAGGGAGCAAGGACGAGAAGAGGAAACUUUUAACUAUCCUGUGUGGCCCUUCUUUCCAAGUGGGGAAGGCUCGUUGGCAUAGAACUUUCUCUUGGUCAGCAUUCUGCCUGAGUGGACUGGCUGCUGGCGGCUGUGACCUGCCAUCCUUGGUCUGGGCACUAAAGUGUCUUAUACUUUUAAACCUCUUCGUUCCUUGCUUUGCUGUUUUAAGGUCUAAGACGAUCUCUAUUGUUUUUUGUUUUGUGGUUACACAUUGUGUCUAACAAUAAAGAAAGAGG